GCGCUCAUGUUUAACAGUGAGCUCAUGGCCGACGUCCAUUUCAUCGUGGGACCCCAGGGGACAGCCCGGAGGGUGCCCGCCCACAAGUAUGUUCUGGCGGUGGGCAGCUCGGUCUUCUAUGCCAUGUUUUACGGGGACCUGGCCGAAGUCAAGUCAGAAAUUCACAUCCCCGACGUGGAGCCCGCGGCCUUUCUCAUCUUGUUGAAGUACAUGUACAGUGAUGAGAUUGACCUGGAAGCCGACACGGUGCUGGCCACCCUCUACGCCGCCAAGAAGUACAUCGUCCCUGCGCUCGCCAAAGCCUGUGUCACCUUUCUGGAAACGAGUCUGGAAGCCAAGAACGCCUGCGUCCUGCUCUCCCAGAGCCGGCUGUUUGAGGAACCAGAGCUGACCCAGCGCUGCUGGGAGGUCAUAGAUGCACAGGCUGAGAUGGCGCUGAGGUCAGAGGGCUUCUGUGAGAUCGACCGACAGACCUUGGAGAUCAUCGUGACCAGGGAGGCCCUCAACACCAAGGAGGCAGUGGUCUUCGAGGCUGUCCUGAACUGGGCUGAGGCGGAGUGCAGAAGGCAGGGCCUGCCCAUCACCCCCCGCAACAAGAGGCACGUCCUGGGGCGUGCGCUCUAUCUGGUCCGGAUUCCCACCAUGACCCUGGAGGAGUUUGCCAAUGGAGCGGCCCAGUCGGACAUCCUGACUCUGGAGGAGACCCACAACAUCUUCCUGUGGUACACAGCUGUCAAGAAGCCGCCCCUCGAGUUCCCUCUGACCAAGCGCAAGGGCCUCAUGCCCCAGCGCUGCCACCGCUUCCAGUCCUCAGCUUACCGCAGCAACCAGUGGCGGUACCGGGGCCGCUGUGACAGCAUCCAGUUCGCCGUGGACAGGCGGGUGUUUGUGGCAGGGCUGGGGCUGUACGGCUCCAGCUCCGGGAAAGCCGAGUACAGUGUCAAGAUUGAGCUGAAGCGGCUAGGGCUGGUCCUGGCCCAGAACCUGACCAAGUUCCUCUCUGACGGCUCUAGCAACACCUUCCCCGUGUGGUUUGAGCACCCAGUCCAGGUGGAGCAGGACACCUUCUACACGGUGAGCGCGGUCCUGGACGGCAGUGAGCUCAGCUACUUUGGGCAGGAGGGGAUGACAGAGGUGCAGUGUGGGAAGGUGACCUUUCAGUUCCAGUGCUCUUCUGACAGCACCAAUGGGACAGGGGUCCAAGGCGGCCAGAUCCCCGAGCUCAUCUUCUAUGCCUGAGG